AUGGAGAGGUCCUCUAACUGUCGUCGACUUGCUGGCACUGCUAUGGCAUAUCUGUUCGAAGGUAUACUCCUACCGAAUGAUUACGGUGGGAAACUACGUGUUUCGGACGACGGUAACUCUAUAGAGAAUGGUCCGGAGCAUUCUAAGCUGGUCUAUGCUUCUCUCAAGAACUUGGUACCGGCAAGAGCCUUACAAUCUCUCAUCUAUGACCACUAUGAAAAGGGUACUAGAGUUUAUCAGGAUACCAACGGUGACCUUGUGACCAUGCCUGCUAGUACUGAUGGCACUGAUCAGUCUAAAAUCACCCUACGCCGAGCCAAACAGCUAGUUGCUGGUUGGUUGGUGAUCUCUACGGCUCCUACCUAUCAAGGGCUUGCUUCUGUUGUUGAAGACGCUAACGACUCUGACACGGUUGUCAUAUGUCCUCUCCGUCUUCAACCUGGUGGUGUUGGUGAGUUGUCUACCAUGGACGACGAUGUCAUUCACGAGGUUCAAAGGAACGAACUAAUCUUCGUGACUUCCUCCUCAAGACCCCUUACACGAUCACUACUUGAGAAGGUCACCAAGCUGCUCACCCAUAUAGGGUCUAAUUAA